CUCCGGCAGCGGCGAGCGGAGCUGGGGUCGGGGUGCCGGGGGCGUGCGGAGGCUGGGGAUGCUGAGCCCAGAGGGUGCCCCCCACCCUGACACCAUCCAGGGCCCCCCAGAAGCAGCAAUGGAGAAGGACUUAGACUGCUGUCAGGAUGGGGCCAAGACAGUGCCAAGCGCCGGACUGAGCACCGAGGGGACAGAGACACAGCUGGACGAUUUUGUGGGUGCUCAUCACCCUGACUACAAUGAGGAGGAGGAGGAGCAGAAGUACUUCCGCCGGAAGCGCCUUGGUGUCAUCAAGAACGUGGUGGCCGCCAGCCUGGCUGGCACCCUCACUUAUGGCGUCUACCUGGGCCUGCUGCAGAUGCAGCUGAUCCUUCACUAUGACGAGACCUACCGGGAGGUGAAGUACAGCAAUAUCGGGCUGGAGGACAUCGACCGCAAGGUGCUGAUGGGCAUCAAUGUCACGCCUGUGGCGGCGCUGCUCUACACACCCGUCCUCAUCAGGUUCUUCGGCACCAAGUGGGCCAUGUUCCUGGCGGUUGGCAUCUAUGCCCUCUUUGUCUCCAGCAACUACUGGGAGCGCUACUACACGCUGGUGCCCUCUGCCGUGGCCAUUGGGGGGGUCAUUGUGCCCCUUUGGGCCUCCAUGGGCACCUACAUCACGCGGAUGGCCCAGAAGUACUACGAGUACUUUAACUACAAGGAGGAGCAGGAGAAGGAGAGGCAGCGGGUGCCACGGGAUGCCUGCAAUGCCUACAUCAUCGUCUUCCAGACAGUCUUCUACUCCUGCUUCCACUUGAGCUUUGUCUGCGCUCAGAUGCCCAUGGUCUUCUUCCUCAACAACUACCUCUACCAACUCAACCACACACUCUUCGCGGUGAAGCACUGCGGGACCCUGAGCCACGGCACACUGCCUGGCUUCAACAAGACAGUGCUGCAGAGCCUUCCCCGCAGCGUCAACCUCAUCAUCGUGGAGAGUGUGCUGAUGGCUGCCGCCUUCCUCGCCAUGCUGGUGGUGCUGGUGCUGUGCGGCGCGGCGUACCGGCCCAUGGAGGAGAUCGACAUGCGCAGCAUCGGCUGGGGCAACAUCUUCCAGCUGCCCUUCAAGCACAUGCGGGACUAUCGCCUGCGGCACCUCUUCCCAUUGUUUAUCUACAGCGGCUUCGAGGUGCUCUUUGUCUGCACCGGAUUUUCCCUGGUAGGAUCCGGGAUGGGGUGGGAGGUGAUGGAGCAGGGACAGGUGACAAUGAGCCCAUGCUUGCUGCAGAACUACGGUGUUUGCGCCCUGGGGCUGGAGAGGUUGGCGUAUCUCCUCAUGGCCUACGGCUUCUCCGCCUCGGCGUGCUCCAGCCUGGCCCUAUGCAUGCUGCGCCUGCGCCGGCACAUCCCACUCCUGGCUGGAGCCUUCAUCCACGCUGCACUCCUGGUGACGCUCUUCUGCUGGGCGCCGGAGCCCCGGUACCUGGCACAGGCACCACUGCUCUACAGCAUUGCCGUGCUCUGGGGCACGGGCAGCGCCCUCAACAAGACCGGAAUCAGCAUCCUCCUGGGAAUGUUGUACAAGAAGAAGGAGCGCCAAGACUUCAUCUUCACCAUCUACCACUGGUGGCAGGCCCUGGCCAUCUUCACCGUCUACCUGUGGUCAGGGCUGCCCAUGAAGGCCAAGCUGUCCAUCAUGCUGCUGACGCUGGUGGUGGCCGUGGGGACAUACCUGUGGAUGGAGCGGAAGGUGGCACACAACGUGGAGGUCCGGCUGCCCCGCAUCCCGCGCCCACGCCACAAAACACGUGGAUACCGCUACCUGGAGGACAACUCGGAUGAGACUGGCUCCGACGGUGAUGGGGACAAGGAAGAUGAAGGCAGGCACCCAACCGAGGCCACCAGCGAGGAUGAGCUGCCAAAAGAGGAUGGGGAGCAAUUGGGAUAGAGACAGCCUGGCCUGGGCCCCAUCCUGCUCUUGGUGCCUGAGGGGGUUCUGCAGCUCCCCCCAUGUGGGCCCUAAAUUCUGCAAAUCUCCUCAGGUCAGGCUUGCAGCCCCUUGAGCUAAGCCUAAAGCCCCCAGGCAGCCCAGAGCCCCCCACACUGGCUGAUAGACCCCCAGAUCGGCACAUAGACCCCCCCAGGGCAGGUCUGCAGCCUCCAGAUUGACCUACAGCCCCCAAACUGUGGUACAGAGACCCCCAAAUUGUGGUACAGUCCCCCCAGCAGCCCCAUAGCCCCCCAGAUUGUGAUGCAGUUGCUCAGGUCAAACCUGCAGACCCCCAGGCCAGCCUCAGAGUCCCCCCCCCCCCCACAAAUCCACAGCCCCUUAGACAAGGCUCACACCCCCCAGGCAGAUCUGCAGCCCCCCUCAAAUUUGGCCAAAGAUCCCCCAGGUCAGGCCCAAAGACCCCUGAGCAGAUGCACAGACCCUCUAGCAAGGCCUGCAGCCCCCCCGGCCAGCUUGCAGCCCCCCACAAUGUCCUGCAGACCCUGAGCCCUCCCAUAUUAGUCCCCAGACAAACCCCCAGCCCCCCGCAGGGCUACCCUGGAGCCCCCAGGCAGAUCGAGCCUCCCAAACUGGCCCACAGCCCUUCAGACCAGACCCAGGCAAACGCUGCAGCCCCCCCCAGGCUGUCCCAGAGCCCCACUAGCUAAACCUGCAGCCCCCAGGCCGGCCCCGCAGACUUCCUGACCGCUCCCAUCCCCAUUUUCCCUCAAUAAACCCCCUCCCUCCA